AUGUAUUUUACAUCAUGCUUUAUUGAAUCUGUUGAAAGCCAGACACCAAAACAAGAAACUCUCGAAUUUUUAGCAAAUUUAAAUGAAGAAUGUCCAGAAAAAUAUUUGAUUGGUCUAAUUUCAAUUAUCAAUGACAGUCAAAUGAGCGAUAAAACGCGAAUCAGCGCUAUAAAAUCAUUGUCAGUUCCAUUUAAGACCAGAGAUGGCUUUUGUACCAAGCAAAAUCCCGACUUACACAAUCAUCUUUCAGAAAUUUACGACAUUUUGAAGCAAUAUUUACACAUUGACAAUGACCUUGGUAGUGUAUGUCGAUCAAUAUUCAUAACUCUUUUUAAUUUACUUAGUUCUGAUGAACAAAAAAUUAUUAUUGAAAAUAUUAUUGAAAUAAUCGACCAAAACACAGAUGUUUCUCCAAUAAUAAAGAUGUUUAGUGAUGCUGGAUUCACUAUACUAAAUUUACUCGAACCAGAAACAAUUUGGAAAAUUAUCAAAUCAAAAAAUGAUGAAAAGGUCACAAGAAUAGGUUUAACAUUAUUUAAUGAUAUGUUCUUUUCUAGCGACGACCAAGUUUUACAUGAAAUUAUUAGUGAAUUAAUUGUGAAUUCAUUAGAAAAUUUUCCAGAAGAAAUUACAGAAUUUCUAGUAUACUAUAGCUCAGAAUAUCAUGAUGAGAUCAAAGAGAUCAUUCCACAGAUAGCAGAACUAUUUUUUUCUUCAGAUGAAAAAUAUUUAAUUUAUUCAAAAAUUUUAUUCAAGUAUAUGGAUGUUUUCAUUGACAAUUAUGAUAAUGAGCCAAUAAUAAGGCGUCUAAUCAGUUUGCUAGCUUUAGAUCCAGAAAAACCUGAAUUUCAAUAUUUUUCAGAAUAUAUUUUGAAGUUUUUGGAUUUCAGUGUGAACGGAAUACGUACAUCAAAAUGGGAAUUGCCGAUAUCUGAUCAAAUUCAGUUAGGUCAAUACGUUGAAAAAGAAAAAAUGCAAAAAUAUAAUGAAAUUUCGCAACAAUUAUUUUCACAAUUAAUGAACAUUAUUCUUGAGUUUUUAAACAGUGGAACGAAAGAAGGAAUAGUUUGUGGCAUUAACGCAUAUCUUAUUUUGUAUAAUUUCAAUCAACAAGUAACAAAUGAAAUUUUUUCUUCAGAAAAUUUACUUUCUUAUUUCCCUGAUUUAGAUAAAGAUUUCAUGAUUUUGUAUUCAAAAACAAUCUCAAACAUUGAUUUAAUGGAUGAAGAACAUCUAAACCAAAUUCUUAAGAUGGCAUAUAGUGAAGACAAAGAUAUAAGAAAUGCAGGAUGUUCGGCAAUUGAAAAAUUAGUAUCGAAGAAAAAUGAAGAUUUAACAAUUGAAAUUUGGAAGAAUUUAUCAAGUUUUGAGUGUGAAAAUGAAGAAAUUGUUAUUGAUAUAAUGGAAACAAUGGUUGAUAUCAGCAAAAAUAUAAAUAGCGAGAUAAGUUUAGCUUUAAUUCCUGAUUUAUUCAAAACAACUACAAAUUUAUUUGAAAAUCAACCAGAAAGUAUGAUUUUCAACAAAUUUAUUGGAAUAUUGGGAAACUUUAUGAAGAAUGCAGGAAAACAGAUUGUUGAAUAUGCAGAAGAUAUUAUUAAUUUCGCUGCUUCUAUCAUUGAUGAUUACGAAGAAGAUUCAUUGUUUAUUUUUGAUUGCAUCAUCGAAAUAUUUGGCGAAGAAAGUGGAAAUAUAAUUGAAAUGUGUGCUGAUUUCGUAAUUAAGAAACUUCAAGGGAAUGAUUCAAUAAUGUUUACAUUAAAUUUGGUCAAUCUUAUUUAUUCUAUUGUUAAAAAUCUUAACAAUGAAGAGAAACUGAUUGAAAUAUGGAUGUCAAUUAUUCCUUUCUAUAAAGGAAUUUCAAAAGGCAUGAAUUCUGAUUUCAAAAUUGCUGAUAAAAUUGAGCUAAUUUUAGCAGAAAUAUUUAGCAAAUGUCCUGAGAGAUCAAAGGAGCUACUUGCUCAAGCAGAAAUUAGUGAUUCGUACCAUUUCAGUGGAAGUUAUAAUGAUUUCAAGAAAAUGGCAAAACUUUUCUCAUUCCAAAUGAAUUAUUUAAUGUAUAGAUUCAUUAACGAACAAAAUGAUAAAGUUAGAGAUGAGAUACGUAGGAAACACUUAACAUUUGGACCAAUAAAUGAUAUUUACUUUAUUAUUACUUCAGAUGAAUUGAAUAAUGAUGAAAAAUCUGCCGUGUUUAAUGAUUUUUUGAAUUUCUCUGAAACUGUUAGAGGUGAAACAAAAUUUAUUAUUGAUAGAAAUUGCUUUGAACAAUUCACAUCAUCAUUCCCAGAUCUAAUUGAAAGAAUCAAUAAUACAUUUCAAGCUUUAGAAAAUCAAAACGACUAA